AUGGCGCCACAAACAGACGCUCUUUAUACAUCCUCUGAGGAAGAACUCCUAGACGCACCUGACAACAUAUCCUGUUCAGGGAGCAUGAACAGCCCUCAAAGAGAGGAAGACCUAACAGCCCCAGCUACAAAAGGGGACAUCAAAGCUCUACUAACAAACAUAAGAGCCUUCUUCAAUGCAGAUUUGAAUAUCAUGCGUGAGGAUAUAACAGUGGUGACAGCAAGACUGCAGGCUAACGAGGAUGCCAUCACCUCCCUAGCCCAAAAGCAAGAAAGCACCAACGAGCACUUGCUCCUGCUCCAAGCAUCACACAAAAGCAUGCAGGUCAGACUGGACACCCAGGACGACGCAAGGAGGCGUAAUAAUCUUAAAAUCAGGGGCAUAGCCGAAUCAGUUACCGACCAGGAACUGCCAAAUUUCUUACGCCGGCUGUGGACUACCCUACUACCACAGCGCUCUGCGAAGGGCAUUCAGGUAGAUGGCUGCUACAGACUGGCCAAGUCAAACAGGGCCCCGGCUGGGGUUCCCCGGGACGUCCUGAUACGUUUCCCGCUACUUCGCGAUCAGCUGGCCCUGCAGGAUGCUGCAAAAUCCAGAACACCUCUUAAGUUCGAGGAAAUGCAACUCCAACUCCUACAGGACUUAUGCCGCUCCACUCUGGAAUGGAGACGGUCUUUUCAACAGGUGACAAAGACCCUACGCUCUGCAGACAUCAGCUACAAAUGGGGGCCCUCUCGAGCUCUAAUAGUCCAUAAAGACGGGAGCAUGCAUCAGCUUUCCACUGCAGAGGACUCAGCGACAUUCCUGCAAGGACUGGGCCUUACCAUGUCUUCUGACAACACGGCACGUCCAAGUCACAGAUGGGACGUACGCAGGAUUGUCCCUUUUACCCCACGCUCUGCAGAUGACACCGGCUGACUGAUGAUGCACCAGCAGUCACAAGGAACUGGACUGAUCCCCACACCAGUACCAGAUACCGGUCAACCCCUGAUGUUUAAAUGUUAUAGUUCUCAGGUUUCGUUAGUAUGCAGCACGGCCCGGCACUGUUAGAGUUCCCGGGUCAUAGAUAACACAGAUGACCCUAGUCGACUACACACCUUUUACAACAUGUCCUGAUUAGAGGACACAGACACCGGAGUUUCCCCUCCGCUCACCCCCCCCCCCAACACUCUGGGGUAAUUGAGUGUAAAUCGACAAUCAACACACCCGACUGACCACAGCAUUGCCUAAGUGUAAGACAGGAC